GGGCACAGCUACGAGGAUAACAGUAGUGGUUGUGAUCACCAGAGCAAAAAUGGCCGACCGCGGUUUAUUUCCUCUUGCUCGUGGUGGGGUGCGGGUAAAGGUGACGACCCACAGAAGGGCCGCAUGCGCGCUCAAUCCUGCCACCAAUUUUUCGGGAAAAAAGGCCUGCAGCACGGGAAAUCAAAAAGUACCAAAG